AUGGAUUUAACGGACAGAUUCGGCGACCUCUCGUCGCUGCUAGUAGAGCCGUCCGAUCCCAGCCAUCUGUCGCUGCUCUCCACUGCUGCUGGUGGCGGUGUUGCUGGUGCUGCUGGUGCUGCUGGUGCUUCUGGUGCUGCUAGUGCGCGACACGCCCGUUCCAACAGCAGCAGUAAUAUCCACAUCUCCAUCUCCCUACCGCCCUUAACCACUCCCGACUCCUCCCAACGCCCUGCUGCCGCCUCUGCCGCUUCCCUCAGGUCCUUCCUGGACCCAGACGUAUCCCUCUGCACCCCUCGGGACCGCAAGGGCAUCUCCUCGCCAAAGAUUUCUGCAAACGAGUCAGCUUCUGACGAGGAACGGGAAAGGGAGGGCUGCUUUGAGGGAAGGCCCGAACCUGUUGCCAAGGCUGGAGGUUCGGCAGGUCCGGGCGUGAAGCCUGCUCGCCUGCAGCGAGCUGCCGAGGCUGAGGUCGAGGGAUGGAAGGAGGCUCGGCGAAGCGUGGGAGGCACAGCAGGUGAUGGUGACAGGCAAAAGGAUGGUGGAGAAGUAGCAGAGAAGGAUGCGGUGCAGAGCGGUGGCAGCACAAGUGGCAGGGGCAGUGGGAGCAACUCUGGCAGCGGUGGCAGCAGCGGCAGUGGCAAGAGCACAUGGGCGAGGAGAAGACCAAACCUCCGGGUUCACUGCGGCAGCAGCGGCGACUUUGCUGCGUCCCUCCCUCAUUCCACCUCCGCCCUUGAUGCCCCGCCGCCACUUCCCCAACCUGCUUCAGCUGCACCCUUCCCUCAGCCCAGUGCUGGCUCUGCUCCUACUGCUGCCACUCGUGACCUGGGUCCUGGAGCCUCUGCUGCUGGUGGGCGGCCUCUCACUCAUCGGCAUCACACACUCCCACCCCGCCCUUGUCAAACUCAUGCAUCCUCGCCGUCUCCCCCCCCCACUCUCGAACUCCCCCCUCCCUCAGAGUACGCACGGGACUUCGAUCAGCAUCAGGUGGACGGUCUCUCACUCGUCGGCAUCACACACUCCCACCCGGCCCUCGCUCGCAUGCGAUUGGCCGAUUACACCCUCUUCGAAUCCCACCGUCGCCAACUGGUUACCGCAGAGGCUGCUGCUCCCCCCGCCCCACACCACCCACCUCCACCGCACUCAACCGUUGACUUCUCGGUAUCUACCGCAUCUGGUGGUGGUGCUGCAAACGGCAGGGUUGGAGUGGGUGCAGUGCGGUGCGGCUCCGACCCCACUGUUCUCCUUCACCACUUACCCAAGCAGCACUCAGUUAAAAGCCGACAUUAUGACGCCUCCUCUACUGCCAACACCCCUUCAGCACUCAGCUGCAGGUCAUCACAGCCCUCCCAUUCCCCCUGGUCCUCCCCCUCCUCUACCUUCAUCCAACGCACCUCCAGUGGCAGUAGCUUCUGCUCCCUCCCUCCUCUCUCCUCCUCCUCUCUCAACUCUUCCUCCCACCCUUCACAUUUCCCCCACUCCAGCCACAACUUUCGCCACCGUCGCACCAGCAGCAUCGGUGCCUCUAUCGUAUCUGAUCUUCUCCAGAAAAGGACAAAUACCACCGGUGGGGCAGGGGACGGCCGGGCGGCGGCAGUGCAGUCUCCUGCCACCCGGAUAAGCAGGCAGGGGAGCGGGGUGGUCGGGGCUGUGGGCGGGUGGUUUGCCGGUUGGGGAGGCAGGCAGGAGGGGCAGCAGGGGUCUGAGGAAGAGAGGGAGAGGGCACGGGCUAUGGAAGAAAAGGAAGAGAGGAGAAGACACAGCAAGGGAGAGGAGGAGGGAGAGGAGGGGGAGGAGGGAGAGGAGGAGGAGGAAGGAGAUGAGGAAGGGGAGGUGGUGGCGGCGGUGGUGGAGGAGGUGGUGUGUUUGCGAGGGGAGGUGACAGCAGCGGAGGAGAGGGAGUGCACCGUCAAAGCACAGCUGUGUCACCUGGACGACCUGCUCAAGGAGUCUCUACUCGUGGAAUAUCUGCCCACCAGAACGAAAUGGGCAUCCACUCCGAACGACCCACCUGCUCCCAUCAACAACAGCACCGGUACAGAGGAGGACGAGUGGGUGCCGCGCUUUGUGACGCUCACGCCCACCGACAUAGCAUGCUACCUGCACGCCACCGACCUGCACCCGCAGAUCACCCUCCCCGUCGCCUCCAUCGCCUCUGCCGGCACUCUUCACAUGGCCCCUGCACCUCCGGCUGUAGCAAAGGAGACAUCAUCAGCUGUAGCAGCGGCUGUAGCAGCGGCUGUAGCAGCACCGUCAUCAUCAGAGGAGUGGUUUGCGUUCCACGUGACGACCAGCUACGGCUUCAAGCUGGAGUGUGCCACUCGCAGCUGUGCCAAGUCUUGGCACAAAGCGGAGCUACUGGAAAGAGAGGAAUCCGACGACUCGGCACACGUGUCAGAACCCGGAAAGGCAGACACCUUUCCGUAUUGGACCAUUCCUCCCUCCCGCGGCCCGCUUCGACACGUGCAGCCGCUGCACGUUCGUGCUUGUUUCGCUUCGCUUCCAGUCGAGUCAGUGGUAACGGUCGUCACGGUGGGUGCAGAGUCUGCAACGUCAUCAUCGCUCCCAACUACUCCCCCAGUGUCACCUUCAGCGUCCCUCGCAGCCUUCCUCCCCGCCGGCGGGCGGCUGCCUGUCACUUCCUCUGCUUACGCCACUCCGCUGGUGAAGGGAAAGGUGUUUGUGCGCUAUGUGGCGAGGCUCACUCCCCCUCGUAGCAACGGAAAAGUAGUUGGCGACCGAGGAGCAACCGGAAAAGUUAUUAUGAAGGGAAUAAAGGCCUCUGCAAGUGUCUGCUACCUCGUGCUCAAGAUGCGUGUCAACAAAAUCCGGUCUGGAGGGUCUGCGCCCUACAUGAGCGCUGUUACGGAUUGCCUUGCUGGCAUGUAUGAGGAAGGAUAUGAAGCGUCCCUCGCAGCCUUCCUCCCCGCCACCGGACGGCUGCCUGUCACUUCCUCUGCUUACGCCACUCCGUCGGUGAAGGGAAAGGUGUUUAUGCGCUAUGUGCUCAGGCUCACUCCCCCUCGUAGCAACGGAAAAGUGGUUGGCGACCGAGGAGCAACCGGAAGAGGUUUCAUGAAGGGAAUAAAGGCCUCUGCAAGUGCCAGCUACCUCGUGCUCAUGGUACGAGUGAACAACCUCCGGUCUGGAGGGGCUGCACCCUGCAUGACCCCCGUUUCGAAUUGCCUUGCUGGCAAGUUUGAGGAAGAACUUGUGGGUGUUGGUUGGAAGAACAUCACGAGUACCAGGGGUGGUCGGCUGAAGCGUUACAGCUUCUCUUCCUCAAUGAUUGUGGGUCCUUUAUCACAGGCCGAUAUUCGGUCAUUCAUUCUUUCCUAUACUCAUCAAUCAUCAGGCACCCAUGUGGUUGCGUCUCAUCCAAAAAAUGACCAUGCACUUUGCGGGAAGUUCAAGAAGCGAACCUUAUAG